AAAGAGCGAUACAAUUUCUAAAAAACGAUAUAUUCACACACUCUUACUCAAUACUCAUUCAAGCGACAAUAUUGAUCUUUUAUUUCUUAAGUAUAGCGCAAAACCCGUAAAUGAAUGACAAAUUAAUAAACGAGGAAAAACAGUGAUCUAAAUGUUAUAAUCACAAUGGUAUAAAUGUAUUUAGAGUAGAUAAUAAUAGGUGGUAAGUGUGAAGAAUACUAGUGUUCCGGUGUAUAGACGAGUGUGUGUUGCCGAUAUGGGAGACAACGGUCCUUUUGUGGCUAAACCGGCGCGAGGGUGGCUACACCCGGAUUGCGUUUUAGCUACUGAUGGCAUAACUUAUGCUGUAAGGUAUAUAGGAUGCAUGGAGGUACUUACGUCUAUGAAAAAGUUAGAUUUUGAGACAAGAUCGCAAGUAGCAAAAGAAUGCAUUGCACGAGUCUGCGCUGCAGCAGGCCUACGUUCCGCAGACAAAAAACGGAGAGUGUGCCAGGCUGCAGCCAAUGCCCUUGCAGCUAGACCUAGAAUGUCACACUCAGGCUCUAAUGUAGCUCUAACAGUGUCUUCAAGAGCUAUAACAUUAGCAGCUCUAGAAGGUGGGGAAACCAUUGCUAGACAUGAUAUGCCUCGUGUCUCUUUUGCAUCUGGAGGUGAUCAGGAUUCCCUCGACUUUGUGGCAUACGUGGCCAAGUCCGCGCCACCAACUGAGUGGCGGGCAUGCUAUGUUCUUGAAUGUGGUGGCAGACUCGCUCAAGAUGUCAUAGCAACCAUUGGACAGGCAUUUGAACUACGUUUUAAGGAGUUCCUUACCAAACCCCAAUCAUUAAAUAUAAACGGUUCCCGCGAUCUGUGCGGCACGUCGGAAGUCGCGGCCGGUAUAGAGGAGCGAGAGAGAGACUACAGAGAAUACUACAACGAUAUGCCCGACAAGAUCCCUCCGCCCGAGCCCUUCAGCCACCGGCACCCGCCACCGCCGCCGCUUGCGUCACUCGCGCCUAUAUCAUCUUGCGAAGAGAGUGUUCGCCACUACGUUAACCAGACGCCACCGCCGCGUACGCCGCCCACAGCACUUCUGCCCAACCACCACACAGACAUUUUUGACAUGCAGCCAUUCACCGCGGCGCCAGUGUCAUCCGCAACGUCGACGUCGCCCGCCACUUCGUCCUCACCCGCAGAAGAAAUCCCUCCAACGUUGUCACCCAGUGCGCAAGCGGCCCUGUUGGCGCGAGAGUCUUGGUACCACGGGCCUAUAUCCAGAAGUGCUGCUGAGCGGUUGGUCGUAGAAGAAGGUGAAUUCCUAGUACGGCAGUCGACAGCGUGUCCGGGACAGUUCGUUCUGACGGGAGCGAGGCGCGGGGCUCAUAAACACCUGCUUCUAGUCGAUCCUAAUGGAGUGGUACGGACAAAAGACCGCGUGUUCGAGAGCGUACCUCACCUAAUCAAAUACCACUGCAGCAACGAACUGCCCAUAGUCUCCGCCGACUCUGCCUUGCUGUUAAGGGCGCCCGUGCCGAGGCCCUCCUGAGAACAGCGCGGCCCGCCCCACGCCCGCCCGCGGUACACACUAACAUAGCCGGGCACGAGGUGCAAUACGCGGGAGGUAUGAAGUGUCAAACCGGAGGGAAUUAGCACAGUCACUUUUCUUAAACUAUCGGGGUAAUUACGAAAACUCGAUACUAUUAAGUUUAAAAAACUUUGUGAAAAAAAAUUAGAAAAUGACCUACUAAGUGAUCAACGAAACGAGAUAAUUAAUAACAUUAAUUAUCUCGUUUCGUUGACCUUUGUGUAGUUACAAUUUCUUUCAAGUACUGGGAUGUCAUAAAAUACCUCUACAGCACAGUCACUUUUCUUAAACUAUCGGGGUAAUUACGAAAACUCGAUACUAUUAAGUUUAAAAAACUUUGUGAAAUAAAAUUAGAAAAUGACCUACUAAGUGAUCAACGAAACGAGAUAAUUAAUAACAUUAAUUAUCUCGUUUCGUUGACCUUUGUGUAGUUACAAUUUCUUUCAAGUACUGGGAUGUCAUAAAAUACCUCUACCUUGCUACUAAGAAAUAACGUCUUGCUUGUACAUGCAUUUAAUAUACCAUUAACUUUUGCAUACAAUAAGGAAAAUUGCACAGCUCCGCUUAAGUGAAAAUAAUUAUUAAAUAACCAAGCCAAUGUUUUUUUUUUUUUUUAUUCAAAGCAGAUCAUCCGAUCAUCCGAUCUGAUCUACGCGGUUAUAAAAUUUUACUAAAACGUCAGAUGCCGUUUUUGUUUCUAGAUAUUCUGAUAAAUCCCAUUCAUAAGUACGAGGGCAACACGAGAGCAAUAAUAGAGCCGCGAUACUUUGUAAUUAUUGGAAAUCGUCGAAAAUCAAAUCAAAAUGUGAUUCCGUGAGAAGAAUGCUAUCAUUUCAUUUUUCGAAAAUUUCACUUUGUAGCCUUAGUACAAGAUUUGCUCGCUCGAAAUCGCGGAGUCGUUUUCGAAUAUCGAAUUACUUGAACAUCGGAGUCAAAUUUCUAUUCAAUACCUCAGCUUGGGCUUUUGACAGAACGUUUGUAAAUUAAAAAUCAGAGGUACAUGAUUUGCGACUCUAAACCGAGUGACAUUAGGUCAAUUUUACUCUGGCGGUUCAGAGUUUGAUAUGUGAAAACGACUCUUAGUGUCAUGCUUACCUUAUUAUUGUCUAAGAUGUCCAUUUAAUAAAAAAUGUUUCACAAACUCUAAGUGAUACAUAUUGGUGAACGGUUGAUGCCUAGGAAACUCCUGCUUACCUAGGAACUCUUAUUUAGGCAUAGCCUUGUUCGUCGUUAGUGAAAACGGAGUUACACAUAAUAUUCACCAUCUUCGUAAAGUUGAAUGUAUGAAAUCAAGUAUUUAAUAAUUAAUAUUAAAUAUUUAAAAAGAAUCUUUCUCGCCGUAAGACUUCGUAGUUACACUUUACGUACACUAAAAAUUUUAUCCGCAUAUUCGUUACUUAGAGCGUAGAAAUCAUUUAUUCUGAAUAUGAAGUUUAUAUUUAGAAAUGUUAUAAAAUGUUAUAUCGGGGAUCUAAAUAAGAUACCCCAUUUAAAUCCUCGACCUGUAGAUGUGCCUUUAGAACACCUUAUAUCCCUAUAGAUAAAAUAAACGCCUUUAAGCAAUAUUGUACUGAAAAGCAAUAUUAAUAAACUCUUAACUUGUUAGUAUUUGAAGCAAUAUAGUGAGUUAGCGAAUAACAAUAUAAAUUAUAUUUUAGUAGAUUUAAAUCGUUGCAUCUGUGUUGAUGUUUCGUGCCAUUUAUUAUCUACUAGCGAUUCCCCGUGACGAUGUCUGCGUUCAACGUCAGAUUGGUAUUUUGUUUCCAUACAAAAUUAUAUCCACUUUCUUCGUGUCGCCCGUUUGCGCUUUCGCCCGUUUGCUCGGCUCCUAAGGAUGUUGAACAACUUAUAAUCCUCCUAAAAUCCCUCCUCGGGAUUUGGACCACGAAAUGCAAAAAAGAUUAUUUAAACACAACUGGUAGUUUAGGAGAUUUGCCCGUUCAAUUAAACAAGUAUUAAGUUUUUUGUAUAUACUAAUAAUAAAGCUGAAGAGUUUGUUUUUUUACUGGAACGCGCUUAUCUCUGAAACUACCAGUCAGAUUGCGCUUUGCAUAUCAUAGCCGAAUUUCGAGCAAAGAAUAUUUGUCUUCGUCCCUAAAAAAUGAUAAAGUUGAACAUGAGAUGAAUGUAUAUUUGUAAGAAAACGCAAAACUCAGGAGAUAUCACUCCAAUUUCAAAAAUCUUACUUGAUAGCCGAAUUCUUGAAAUGGCAGGUGGGCGAGUCGAUGCAUUCGGUCGGCAUUGUUAAGAUAGCGAAAGACAGUUUGAAUGAGAAACUUAUCAGAAGUGCUAGGCGAACAAAGUCGCGGGGGACCGUUUUCAGAUUUUAGUAUUGAUGUAGUGAUCAUAGAAGGUUUACAUAAUACGUUUUGUUAUAUUUGCACCACUAGCUUAACAAGAAAUAUUAAAUAAUAAAAUUAGUAAUAUUUAUGUAUAAUGGAGUACAUUUUAAUACAUAUUACUACUAGAGUACAGCUUAUCUAACACGCCACCAUUGAUAUAUAAUUCCCGUAUAUAAACUGGCAAUUUAAAAGUAAAACAAGUGUGGUCAUAUAAUUUAUCAAAGUUAUUCUUGAAUUCUUUAUUUAAAAAACCUUAGUCAUAGAAAUUUAUCUUUCUUCAUCUGUAAUAUUUGAGACGAUUUAGUGACAUUUUAAUGGUUAAACUGAGGUUUUUAGAUUACACUAGCAAAAUUCUAUUAAAGUUAAUAGUUACAUCUUAAUCUUGCUUACAAGAAAGAAAUAUUGAUCAUUCCUAUUAAUUUUAUUGAGUAUGGAAUUGAAAAUGAUGGAAAUGGAAUUUUGAAGGAUUUUAUAUUUGCGUAAGUAAUAAAAUUUUGAAAACAUUGAAAGAAUGGAAUAUCUCUUGAUAUAAUCGAAUUUUAUGAGAGUGGCUAUUUUUAUACAGUGAUGAAAAUACAUAAAUACAUUAUUAUUAUACGUAAUAUUGUAACAUUUUGUCCCACAAUGUGAUUUUAAUUGAUAAUACGCUUUGCUAUCUACCCGCGGGGUUAUGCUGUAUUUUUGACAUUUAAAAAACGAACGGUCCUUCCCUAGUAUCGAUAUAGCCAAAGUAAAAUGGACCGAGUGUUAUUCGUUUUAAAGUAGUAAAUUCUUUUAUACUAUAUAACUUCCAUUAGGUUUAUAAGUGUAGUUGAAUUUGAGCUUUAAAACUUCGGGAAAAAGUUACAUUGAUACCCAACACAAGACAAUAAUAGUGUUCCGUUGUCUGUCAUCAUGACAGUUUUAUUAUUGAUUGUCCAUGAUUAUACAUGAUUGUUUUGUUCAGAUGAUUGACUCUCUAUUCAUCAUACUUACGAGAGCAUCGCUUUGUUAAAGGUGCCCGAAAAGUAUCUCAUUAAAACUACUUUUUCAAAAUGCUUUGACUUUGACCAAACCGUCAAUAAGAAAUUUUAUUUUUGUUUUGGGAUUUCCAUGAAUAACUACCUGGUCACUUUUCGUUUAAUACGCACGGAUUCAUCUAAUCUUCCUUGGGACGUAAUGUAUCGCCAAUCGUUCUAGAAAUCUGACCUUACAAAAGUCCUUUGCAUAGAGAUAAUGACAUUAAAAAUGGAAGGGGUUAAAAAUCAUUGCUUCAAACUACUACAGCAUAACCCCGCCGAUUACUUAACUUAUUUUUGUAUACUAUUCAAUACUCUAUCACUAAGUUUUUUAAUACUGUCAAUAAUUCAUAACAUUCUUCUAUUUUUAUUAUUCAUUAUAUCGGAAAGUUAAUUUCUGACCAAAGGAGCUUCCAAUAAAGAGUGGCAGUGAUUUUUUUGUAUGGAUAUUUUAUAAAUUUGCUAGUCUUCACCAAAUGUACUGUGAGGGUGGAGGCAGAGUUAGAUAUUUAAGCAUAUAAGUUACUGAACUAUUUUUUAUUAUGUUUACUCAGUCAGUAAAGAUAAAAGCAGUCAACGCACAAACCGUCUCGAAGCAUGAAAUUCUACAUAAGAUUGUCACAUAUAAAGUUGGUCAACACUUAGAAAGGAUUAUCACAAACGCCUUCAAAAGUGGUUGAAAAUAGGGCUAAAGUUUGUUGUACGAUAAUGACUUGAGUAUUAAACAAGGAUUAUGGUGAAUUUUAUAUAUUUAUUUUUACUAACCUUGCCCCUGCGUGACCUCAGGCGUGACCAACUUGUGCGUUUGUGCGUUGUCGUUAAUUUCGUUAACGUAAUUGUGUCAAAAUGCCAAUAAUCAUUUUAGGGCCUAAUCAUUAAUGCAAUUUCAAUACCAAAAUGUCUUUUUUCUGUCAAUUAUUUUGAAAUCUGCAUUUCUGAAUCCAAUGAAAUUCUUCCAUAUUAUAUUUUUAAGCUUAAAUAUUAGCUCUCUGGUAUAAUUAGCUUUAUUGUAUAAAGUAUCUACCUAUUGAUGAUUUUAUUGUAAUAAUGGCAAUAUGUAUUAUUAUUAAUAAUGUAUAAGAAAUAUACAACCAUAGGUGCUACAUUACUUAAAUAAACUUUAAAAAAACAUUAUGAUUAAGUAUCCAUCACAAGAAUAUAUUAUUUACUUUGUAAGACUGUAUCUAAGGUUCUGUACUGUUGGAUAAGGGGUUUGCAGCAUCUGGUUUCCUUGAAUUAAUUCGCGAAAUUGUUUCAUGUUUUUGUUGGCCAAUCACAUGUCGCAUAGGUUCUUGCAAGAAUCUUGCCGUAGUACGUUCAUUUGCACGCAUGCGUAGUACAUCUUAGUUUGGUCUUUGUCUAAGAUGCCACAAAAACGUAGUUAAGCCUGAGAAGCUGCAUCGUUCCAACUUUAAUUCAGAGUGAAAUCUUUAUGAUGAGUUGCGAAAGUAAGUUAACGCACGAGUAACGUAAAACGGGACCAGACAGUUAAAUUUAGAAUAUGACUUACAUUCCCACGGUGCGCUGUGCGCAAGUGAGCAGCGUUGCUGUUCGGCACAUCUUUGCCCGUAUUUGCGUCGAAAUCAUAGUGGUGCGUCGAUGUAUCGCACCAGCAACACCUGUGUGACGUCACUCGUAGUCGUGCUCGACUGGGGCUGCCUAACGCCAAGCACAAUCUGGUACCUUAUUCUCCCAUGUCAUUCGACCACAUAACCUCAAACUUUCUUCAUUUCUUCCUAGCGGAUUGUUAAAUGAAAGCCGCAAAAUGUACAUUGUCAAGCUUAAAAUGUCAUGGAGAAUCUGAAAAACGUUACGUUCGGCUUGUGCAUGUGCGAUUAGUAUACUUAGUCUUAAUACCAUUAGUCGAUAUUGAACGCAUUCGUGUUUAUGCGAGGAUUCUCCUCGCACUUUCUAGUUCGGCUGAUUUCUGGGAAUCUACGCGUGCGUUAUAUCGACCAAUGAUAAUGAGCCGUGAAACGAGAGUAAAAACUGAAAGCAAUGUAUAGAUAAUCUGGAUUAAGCUGUGAAAUAUUAUCUCAAGGUUAUUCAAACUGGAUAAUUCUAAUAAUAUUUUUUCGUUAAUAAAAGCGGGUUGGAACUUGAUUUUUGAAAUGUUGAUGUUGCUUUCUCCUUAUGCUAGUAGGUAUGAGAACUAUAAUGUUGUGUCAUUUAUAAUGCUUUAAAAAGAAUCGACGCCGCCACUUAUUAUACUUAGUUUAUAUAGUCUUAUGUAUAAAUUUAAAAAAAAUCAUGUUCAUAUUUGUUUCUUUAAAAAUUAUUGUACU